UAGCAAGUAUUCUUGAUCAGUCAAAAGUGUUUUGUAGUAAUUUCGCCAAUGAUAUGUAAAGAUUUGAAUAAAUUGAUAAAGUAAAGGAACAUUUUAAAUUACAUAAGAAAUUUUGAUCUUUGAUUGAGAUUUUCUAUUCAAGUUAAUAAGCUCUUAUUUAGCAUUAAGAAAAAUAAAAUUGAUGGCUUUCGGUGAUUUUUUGUGUUCGUUACAUUAGUGAAUUUCAUGAAAUUUUGUUUGUUUUGAAAUAGGAUUUAUUACCAUGUUUUCGCGAAUGGGACGAAGUUUUCAUUCGUCUGGAAUUUCUACGCAUGUCUGAAAUGAUGCCCAAGGCGGCGAAGAUUCUGUUUGCACUUUCUAACCUCCCAUUUACAAAGGGAUUUUCGAAAUAAUCAAAACGGCAGGGUGAUGCCAAUUAAUAAACAAUCCCGGUUAAUUAAACGUGUAUUCAGAGAGCAGUUAUAAACCGAGUAAAACCAUUCAACAUAUUUUGUAUUUUUUUUUAGAAAUCAAGCGAUUUUGGAGUACCCAGUUAAAUGAAAUAGAUCAAUCGAUGGUAUGUAAUUGAGUGGCUAUCGAAGUCGUUCGCGUGCCAAUGGAUGGAUGAUCCUUUGAAAAUCGUUGGCCAGUUUUUGACUAUAAUUGAAUUAUUGGUGUAACAUACAGCUUUACGUGCCUUCGAACAAGCAUUAUAUUACGGAGUUUAUACUUAAGAAAGAUGUCUUCUAAAGAUUCGAUAAUUGGAUAAAGGAGAGGGAGUUAAUAGUCAAAGUGUAAAACUUAAAAAGGAUUUUUGUAGCGUUUAUCUAAAUGAUAUUUAAAUGGAAUAUUUAUUUGAACGAUUUGAGCACGCAAACAUAAGACAAACCGAAUGAUAUAAAGUAUGCCAAUUAUUUAUUUUUACGGUUAGAAAAAAAAAGAAAAUAACUGAAGCAAUAUUGAGCUAAUUCUGAAUGAAUGGUGCAAGAAAAAUAAAAGAAUAACUUCACGACAUCAAAGGACUUUAGGACGUUCGGUGAAAAUUAAGUGAUUUAAAUACGGGUAUAUGAACACAGACGCAAAGUGAGAGUUCUGAAACCACAAUAAAAAGAUAUCAGCGCUUUUGCAUUGAUUUUUCACCAUCUGGGUAUUUCAUAAAAAGUUUAUUAAACCUAUUUAACAACUUACCAACGAUUUCUCAUACUUUGGAAAAUAUUUCUCAGUGUUUAUGAAAUUUCUUAUGAGCUAACAUAUAAGAAAUGCAAAUUACAUAAAUCAAAUUGUGAUAUUAUAGCAUCAUCAAAACAAUAAUAUUUUUAAAAGGGACAUAGGUAAAUAAAAUUGGACUGACGAUAUUAAAGAAGCCAUUAGGAAAGAAACAAAAGCUGCAAUCGGAUUGUCUAUACCUUCUGAGGGAGCGCCACCUUUCGAAGUAUCUUCGUUAAGAUAUACAUAGGUGUCCAAGAGGAGAAAGUGAUACGCAGUUUUGCAUACUGUUUCGUAGACGCACGAGAAAUCUUUUAAUGCACGAAUAAGUGGCGGACAACAUAUUUGGUGAUACAGAUUCUUCUUGUGUUUGUGUUUAUUUUCAAAAUCAAUUUGAUAUUUCAACUAAUUUCAAAGGUGAUAUAAAAUCUUACGCAACGAGCUAAAUGUUAUUGAAAAGAACUAUUUGUGACAGUGUAAAGAAAAAGUUGAAACAAUUAGGAACAUGAAAGUUGUAUCCUGGUGCUUAUUGUUAUUACUGUUGUUCCAAAUUACGACAGGAAAGAAGCGACGUCAUAAAGGAACGCAGUGGUGGUCACUAGCUAAAACUGGAGAACCAUCCAACGAUUUGUAUUCACCCACUGCCCAAGCUCAUAUUUUUUCAUCCCCAACUUUACUGCCACUUACGAAAAAACAGAGGCGACUGGUUACGAAAAACCCUGGGACGAUUCUUGCAAUAGCCAAAGGUGCCCGGAUGGCCGUCGACGAGUGUCAAAACCAGUUUAAAGACAGGCGGUGGAACUGUUCCAUUCAAGAAAAUGGACACGGUGGUUCAAUAUUUGGAAAGAUAAUUGAAAGAGGUUGUAGAGAAACAGCCUUCAUCUAUGCAAUAACAAGUGCAGCAGUUGCUCAUUCUGUCGCGCGCGCAUGCGCGGACGGAAGUAUAUAUACAUGUACAUGCAAUUAUAAUCUACGUCAGCCACAUGGCGUGGACUGGGAAUGGGGAGGAUGCAGCGACAACGCCAACUUUGGGAAGAAAUUCUCAAGAAAAUUUGUAGAUGUAGCAGAAAAAGGUCGGGACUUCCGCUACAUGAUGAAUUUGCAUAAUAAUGAAGCCGGUAGACGGCAUAUAAAGCGAGAGAUGGAGAGAGACUGUAAGUGCCAUGGAAUGUCUGGGAGCUGCACGAUAAAAACGUGCUGGAUGAGACUACCUGUAUUUAGAAAAGUUGGUGAUAUUCUUAAAGACAAAUUUGAUGGUGCAUCAAGGGUACUGCCAGGCAAUGAGGGACGCAACGAUGCCGAAGCAAAUAACAAUGGCGGCCGAAGAGCAAAGAAAAAACUGAAGCUGGAACCAGCGGACCCAAAUCAUAAGCGGCCGGAUAAAAGGGAUUUAGUAUAUUUUGAGGAAUCACCGAACUUUUGUGAGGCCGAUGACAGUGUUGGUACUUUAGGGACAGUUGGGAGGGAGUGUAAUGCCACGUCAAUAGGUAUUGAUGGGUGUGACUUGAUGUGUUGUGGGCGUGGUUAUAAAUCAGAGACCUAUACUGUUAGGGAAAGGUGCAGUUGUACCUUCCAUUGGUGUUGCGAGGUGAAAUGUAAGAUAUGCACAAGGACAAAAAUCAGACAUACAUGCCUGUAGACAUGAGAAAAAGAGCCAGUAAAGGUAUAGGUGGUGCUAAUAAAUCUGUCACAUCGUGUUCGAGUAGAAUAUCAGAUAUUCAAGUGACUAGACAGUCGGAUUUACACACAUUUGCACGUGACAAUACAGGAUAUUGCACAAAUCGGGACAGAUGUUGGAUCAGACUUCAAACUCUGAUGACUUUCUGCUAAUGCUGCUGCAUUUUUGAUACAAUAUUUUAUGUAUAUGUACAUACAAAUAGAACUGACUGUAUCGUAGUGUUCAACUUUAAAAGUUACCUUUAUGCUAAGCUGUGCUUAUAUCUAUAGACAGAACAGUCGCUACUGAUCAACAGUAGCGAUCAACAGUAGCGAUCAAUAGCGAUCUAUAAUAGCGAUUGUGUUUCGUCCAAAUGUUAAAGCUAUGCAAGGUCUGUGUACAAAACAUAUACAUACAUUGACUGCCAUGUAGAAGUAAUGUUUAUUACAUUGUAAUGCACAUACUGUGACAUAUAAUGUUAGACCAAGUGUCAUGUAUUUAAGUUAAAAUAUUAUUGUUGUACAUAAGUAUGGAUGGAAAUAUUUUGUUGACAUUCGUUAUGAAAGACUACACUAGAUAAAUGUUUUAUCGCAAGAUAUGUCAACUCCUUAAAGUAAUUUUCAUUUUUUUAUUAGAAUGAGUAUGCUUAAUUUUGUCUAGGAGCCUUAUGCUGUAUAAGCCAAAUUGGAAGCAACAAAAUUUGUAAUUUCUAUCCAGGGGGACACCUGGUGUUUUACUCCACUAUCCAAAGCUGGAAAGUCGUUAUGAACUAUAUUUGUGCCGAAGUGAUGUUUCACCCCACAAAAACAAACAAACAAAGAAAAAAGAAACACAAUUAUCACUUAAUAAUAUACAGUGUUUCGUAAAAUCUUGUGUACUUGGUCCGUAUCUCGUCAGUACCUCCCGAACCCACAGUAAUAAAUUGCGAAGAUAAAAUCGUUUCAAGCAUGCAAAGAAUUGGCUACAUUUCUUUAUCAAAGCAAUGACCAAGACCACAAUAAUAUUUUUGCAGUUGUCACGACAACGGACAAUUUCUUUUCUAAUUUGUAUGGAUUUGCUAAUUUCGGCAUUUCUUGGACUGCAGUGGUUAUUAUUAGAUAAGGCUUUCAAACACAACAUCUGAUAAUGAGGUGUGCUCUGCUUUCUUUACAGCUAUUUAAUAUUAAGGCUAGAAUGACUGUAAAAAUUAUGAACUGUAUGUAACAUACACAUGUACAGUUUACAUGUAUGCUCCUUUGCUUAAAACGAACAUGUUUCGGCAAUGGAAACUGGCUAACAAAGUUUCUAGGACAAUGUCAAAUUGAUUAUUGUCAGAUUACGUUAGCAUAUGUUGUGUCAUUAUCAUUUGCAUAAACCAUGCACAUGAUGUUAACGUCACUGUGCUCGUCUAGAUUCUAUUCAUGUAAAUGAACAGAAGAAUACCGCUUAUAGUAGUGCCUUAUUUGUAUAUGAAUGAAAAUAGAUUCGUCUGUAAAACUGCCCCUUAACCCACUGUUUGAUCGAUCUUAACAAUUAGAAGGGGUUUCGUGAACUGUAGAUUAAAGGUAUAACAUAUAUUCUACAGAUAAAAUCUUGUAGGAUCUUUUUGAAUUUUAUAAAAAAAAAAUAUUUAUAAUGUUAUUUUAUGGCCUAAAAUACAUUUCUUCCCUUGUAAAAUUCUGGUGGUAAAAUUAUGAUUUAGAUCCUUUUGUUUUUAGAAAUUUUACGAAAUUUUGACAUGUGAUUUUAUGCUAAGAAAUCCUGAAACUUUUUUUACAAUACAUUGCCAAACAAAGUCAAAUUUGAUUUGAGAAAAAUAGACAUUAAAAGGCUGAAAUUUGCUUCGGAAAAUAGCCUCACUAUAAAGUCAAAACUAUCCCGAAUAUUAUGAAAAUCUGCAAGGUUUUCAAAAGUUCAUGUGACCGCCCUUGCAGAUUUUUAGAACAAUGGAUGUAGAAUGUAUGAUUUGUAUUGUGAUAUACUAGUAGAUCUAUUUAUAGAGAAAUCAAGACAAAGAUGGCCCAACAGCCUUUUCAAGCAUUAAUCGCUUAAUACCACGCUUGCUGUUGUAUUACAGAAAGUAACAUUAAACUUAUUUUCGAAAGCUUGCUUUAAAGCCAUGGACGGUGCUCAUAACUUGUCCAUAUUUAUAAUGCAAUACUCGUUUGGUAUCAAAAUAUAAAUUGAAUUAACACAUGUUGUACAAAUUGUUGUUUUUGAACUGUUCUCCAGGAAAACUUGAGCUUUAAACCAUAAAAUAAAAAUUUUUACCCUCAAAUCAGCAAAAUGAAACUUGAGAUAUGCAGACCUUCUUCAAACAUUCUUUUGAAUUUAGAUUAAUUAACUUACCCCUCGUUUUACAAUGGUUUGGGCAGCUCUAUUCUAUUUUUAGAAUUUCUAUACGCCAUUAUUUACGUCGUCGACAUAUGACCUCAUAACAUUUUCAGUUCUUGUGGAGAACGGCUCAAUCAGUCGAUAUCGCAUAUUUUGUAUGACAAUUUGGAUUUGUCAUCCAUAGAUUCUAUUUUAUGUGCAAAUGUUAAGUUAUUGUCCCCGUUCCUGUCUGUAUCAUAUUGCAAUUUGUGAAAGUUUUGUACAUAUGUUUUCUAUAAUUUAUUGUUUUACAAAAAUGGUUAUGUAAAUAGCUA